AUGCAGAAUCAACAGUGCUUUAAGGGGUUGAAUACAUCUGCCAAGGAUUGGAAGAAAAUGAUCAGGCAUCUAUUUUUUGUUUUUCUGUUCAUUCAUUCCACUCUAGCACAGAAGGGCCUUGUGAAGCCUCCAGCAAAAAAAUGGCCGACUCUGAAUGGUGUUGAACCGGUGGUAAUAGCGCGUGGUGGAUACUCAGGGAUGUUCCCUGAUUCCAGCCAGUAUGCAUAUAGUUUUGCCAAGGAUACAAGCUUGCCCAAUACCAUUAUGUUCUGUGAUUUACAGCUUACCAAAGACAGUGUUGGUAUCUGCCAGUCAGCAUUAACGCUUGACAAUUCCACAAAUAUUCCAGUCGUCUUUCCAAAAGGACAGAAAACUUACAAUGUAAAUGGGCAAGAUAUUCGCGGGUGGUUUGCCUUGGACUAUACAGCUGAUCAGCUAUUCAAAAAUGUGUUUUUGACACAAAACAUAUUCUCAAGAACAAGUAUGUUUGAUGGUGCUUUUCCACUGUGGACUCCUGAUGAUGUAGUAGGAACUAAGCCUGCGUCAAAACUUUGGUUGAAUAUUGAGAUGUCAUCAACCGACAAACCGGAGGGAUGUACAACCAGAGUACCAACCUUACCAGCACUGGAGUAUGACAUGUUCUACACCCAGCACAAGCUCAGCCUGGCACAAUAUGUUGAAGACUCGAUGAAAUACAUAAAUCCAGACUACAUUUCAUCCCCAGAAAUUGGUUUCUUGAAGACCCUUGAUGGAAAACUAAAGCAAGCGAAGACAAAGUUCAUUUUCCGGUUCCUAGGGGCAGAUGCAGUUGAACCUACAACCAAGGAAAAAUAUGGUUCACUCUUGGGAAAGCUUUCGAUGAUCAAGUCAUUUGCGGCGGGUAUUCUUGUUCCAAAAGAAUACAUAUGGCCUGUUACUAAGGACCUUUAUUUGCAGCCUGCCACUACUCUUGUAGCUGAUGCUCACAAACAAGGUCUUGAAGUAUAUGCUUCUGGCUUUGCAAAUGAUGUCAUGCUGAGUUACAAUUAUAGUUAUGAUCCAACAUCUGAGUACCUGCAAUUUAUCGAUAACUCCCAAUUCUCCGUUGAUGGGGUGCUUACUGAUUUCCCUUCUACUGCAUCAGAAGCCAUUGCAUGCUUAGCUCAGAAUAAGAAUGCCUCCAGGACUAUGAAAGCUUUGGUCAUAUCUCACAAUGGAGCUAGUGGGGAUUACCCUGGCAGCACCGAUCUUGCCUAUCAGAAAGCCAUAGACGAUGGGGCUGAUAUAAUUGAUUGUUCAGUCCAAAUGACAAAAGAUGGAGUUUCCUUCUGCUUGGAGACAGCCGACCUUACAGGGAAAACUACUGCAGCAGCUACUUUGAUGGACCGAUCUGCAAUGAUCCCUGAUAUCCAACCAAACCGGGGAAUUUUCUCAUUUGAUGUCACAUGGAACGAAAUCCAAUCUCUAAAGCCACAAAUUACAAGCCCUGACGUGCAAAGUAGCUUGCAAAGAAACCCUGCAAACAAGAACAAGGGCAAGUUUGUGACUCUUUCUGAAUUCCUAGAACUUGCCAAGACUAAGGCAGUUACUGGAGUUUUGAUUAAUAUUGAAAAUGCUGCCUACCUAGCAUCAGAGAAAGGUCUUAGCAUCACCGAUGCUGUCGCCAGUGCCUUGAGCAAUGCCACCUUUGACAAGCAAUCCACUCAAAAAGUACUAAUCCAAUCAGAUGACAGUUCAGUCCUAACAAAGUUUAAGGAUGUUCCAACUUAUCAGAGAGUAUUGAACAUUAAAGAGCAAAUAAGUGAUGCACCCAAACAGGUAGCGGAGGAAGUCAAGAAAUAUGCCGAUGCAGUGAAUGUCAUUAGAAAGUCCAUCAUUUUAGGCAAUUCAAUCUACUUUUCGACAUCCUUCACCAAUGUUACUGAAGAAAUGCAUGCAGCAAAUGUCUCGGUGUAUGUCUCAUUCCUCAGGAAUGAAUUUACCUCCCUCGCCUUUGAUUACUUCGCGGAUCCUUACAUUGAGCUUGCUACUUUUAUUGCUGGACAAAAAGUUGAUGGGGUCAUAACUGAUAAUCCAGCCACGGCCAAUGCAUAUAUGAGGAGCCCGUGUUCUAACAUAGAUGCCAAUAUCCCCUAUCCAAUCUUGCCAAUUAAGGCAGGUGAUCUUCUGGGGUUGGUUGACCCCCAGGCGCAGCCACCGGCCACAGCACCAAGUCCACCCCUUGAAGUUGCAGAUGUCGUUGACCCGCCCCUGCCUGCAGUGGCCACUGUCUCUGAGUCAAACUCCACGUCUUCCCCUCCUGCUCCUGCACCAGCCGGAACAAAAUCAAGCAGUCAAAGAACAGCUGUUAACACAAGUCUCUCUAUAGCAGCAAUUGUGGGGAUAAUUGGUUUGCUUAGUCUCAAAUUAUGA